GUCCGGCAGAUGAUAGAUAGUGGAGAACUGGGCAAGGAUUAUUUGCAAAAAGCCCAGGAAAAGAACCACCAAUGGAUCAGGCCAGCAGCCCAGGGAAUGACCGGCGGAGGAAUAACCGGCAGCAGCAGCGAGCCCCUGAUAAAGAAAACAUUGGAAUGAUCUUUGGUGGACCUGAAGGUGGAGAUUCGGGCGCGCAACAGAAGAAUUGGGUCCGUAGAAUUUACGUCGGAGAUGUAAGUGCUGACCCAGUCAGGCGAAAGCAAACAAGAAGGGAACCGAUUGUCUUCACCGAUUGGGACCUUCCGGCUACUGGUGGAGAUCAUAAUGAUCCUUUGGUCAUCACCAUGGACAUUAAUGGGGUGGAUGUCGCCCGGGUGCUAGUUGACACCGGCAGCAGUGUCAACAUUCUGUAUUUGGAGACUUUCCAAAAACUCAGGUUGUGUCGGACACAACUUGAACCCCUGAAAACUCCUCUCUCAGGCUUCACGGGAGAUACCGUGGAAGCUGAAGGAUCAAUAGUCCUACCGGUCGAACUCGGAUUGGGGGACAAAACCGUGUGGAAGAGGAUGCGGUUCAUCGUUGUGGAUAUCAAAUGCGUCCACAACGCAAUUCUUGGAAGACCGGGCAUCAACAAAGUCCGAGCGGUCAUCUCCAUGCCUCACCUGUGCAUGAAGUUCCACACGCCAGGUGGUGUGGGAGAGGUGAGAGGUGACCAGAGGAAUGCCCGCGAGUGCUAUGCCCGGGCAGUGAAGAAGAUGACGAAAGGAGUAAACGUCAUCUCCUAGGAAAUCAAAAAGGGAGAGGAGAGGCCUGGGAGAAACUUGAGCCCAAAGCUGAAACGGUGGAAAUUGAACUCCACCCGGGUGAUCCUUCAAGGACGGUCAGAAUUGGAGCGAAUCUCCUAGAGGACCUCAAGGUAGAGAUAAUCUGGGUCCUCCAAGAGUACGCAGGCAUAUUUGCAUGGAGCGUGACAGAUAUGCCUAGGAUUGACCGCU